AUGGAUGAAAGACCAUCUGGAGACCGCCUCAAGCGUCCUCUCGUAGAAGACGAUGACUCCGACAAACCCCCUGCGCAAAAAAGAAUAAGAUAUCCAAAAGGUAAAAAAGUGAAGGAAGGGAAUUCUGUGGUCGAUCUGCGCCAAAAUCCCCAAGAUGUUCCAAGUGGGUGGAGAGAUCCUCGUCUUGCUGCCAAAGAGCGUGCAAUGCAGCGGAAUCGGAUUACUGCUGAACUCCUCAGCGAAGAAAAUAGAGGAAUGAUUCAUGACAUAUCACAAGCAGAAGAGCAUUACGAGGAGACCCUUUGGGCUCUUGCCUCGUCAACUGAGCAAUUUUUGAAAAUGCCUAGUGCAAUCAGAUGGAGUGGCACCUGUGAUAACGAGAUAUUUGUUCAGGACGGGGUUCAGGUGGAACCUUUCAAUCUGACAAAAGAGAGGGAAGAAGGUUACUUCGAUGCAGAUGGAAAUUAUGUUGAAUACCUCAAUGAUAAUGAUAUCAAGGAUGCAUGGCUUGACAAUGUGGAUGUCGAUACAAAAUUUGCUGAAAGAAGCUCUACAGUAACAAAUGAUGAAGAUGGAACCCCCGACCUUUCAUCUGAACAAAUUGGAAAGAUGAAGAGGCGCAUUGCUGAUGUCCUUGAGCCUGGAGAAACGGUUUUACAAGCUUUGAGGAGAUUGAAAGGAACCACGAAUAGGAAGGAAAAGAUGUCGCCAGAAACAAAACUUCUUUUUGAUCAGCUGACUGAAGAUGCCAUGAAGCUGAUGGAGAAUGGUGAUUACAACGUAUAUGAUGACAAGCAAGGGGAUUUUCAGAGAGAAGCAGAAGGAUAUGAAAGGUUAGCCCAGGCAAGGGGGCAGGGUACCUCCACUAGUGCCGGUCAAGAAAAUUUGGAUUAUACUGUGUCCCAGGACUUUGUUCCUAAUGGAAAGGAUACGGAAAGUGUCUCUUCUGUUACAGCUGUGGGUCCUUCAAACUUGAAUGUUUCUACUGAUGCAAGCAAUGAUGAUGCAUUGGAUAUGUUUGCAGAAGAUGAUGAAAAUGCUACUGCCAAUCCAUCUUUCGAUGGGAGUGCCUUUCCUGGUGGGAAUUUGCAGAAUGAUUAUGUGUAUGAUGAGUCCUCUGGUUACUACUACAGCAGCAGUUUGGGUUAUUACUAUGAUCCCUCUUCAGGAUUGUAUUGUUGCGCUGCAUCUGGACAAUGGUACUCGUAUAAUGAGGAGACAGGCGCAUAUGAUGAAAUUCAGGAGGCUGCAUCCAUCGCGAGCUGA